CCAACCUGUUCCGUGUGUGGGGGAGGGGACAGCAGGGCGCUGUCAGUGGAGCCUGCCGGUCUCCGGUUCCCGGCCAGGUUCUUAGAAGGGAACUUAGGCUGUCCUGGCUCGCAGGCAAAUGCCAAUCUCUGAGCCCCCAGCGUUCCAGGAACGGCCUCUUUUGUCGAAGUACCUAAAACGCAGGACUUGGUGCUUUUAAGCAGUAACGGCAACACCAGCCACAGACGCAGCGCUGGGGCCCAGUGUAGAAGCUCCAUCCCCCUGUCUUUUGUCCGCUUGCGUCCCCAGACUCAGAGAUCAUCUUGGAAGAUCUGGAACUCUAAGAAUGUUUCCCUUGAAGGAUGCAGAAAUGGGUGCCUUUACCUUCUUUGCCUCAGCUCUGCCACACGAUGUUUGUGGAAGCAAUGGCCUUCCUCUCACACCAAAUUCCAUCAAGAUUUUAGGUCGAUUUCAAAUCCUUAAGACUAUCACCCAUCCCAGACUAUGCCAGUAUGUGGAUAUUUCUAGGGGAAAGCAUGAAAGACUGGUCGUGGUGGCUGAACACUGUGAACGGAGUCUGGAAGAUUUGUUACGAGAAAGAAAACCUGUGAGCCAUUCAAAGGUUUUGUGCAUAGCAUUUGAAGUACUUCAGGGCUUGCAGUAUAUGAACAAACAUGGCAUAGUACACCGGGCACUGUCUCCUCAUAAUAUCCUCUUGGAUCGAAAGGGACAUAUUAAAUUGGCUAAAUUUGGACUUUAUCACAUGACAGCUCAUGGUGAUGAUGUUGAUUUCCCAAUAGGGUAUCCAUCAUACUUGGCACCUGAAGUAAUUGCACAAGGAAUUUUCAAAACCACUGAUCAUGUGCCGAGUGAAAAACCAUUGCCUUCUGGCCCCAAAUCAGAUGUAUGGUCUCUUGGAAUCAUUUUAUUUGAGCUUUGUGUGGGAAGAAAAUUAUUUCAAAGCUUGGAUAUUUCUGAAAGACUAAAAUUUUUGCUUACUUUGGACUGUGUAGAUGACACUGUAAUAGUUCUGGCUGAAGAGCAUGGUUGUCUGGACAUCAUAAAGGAACUUCCUGAAAAUGUGACAAAUCUUUUAAAGAAGUGCCUCACUUUCCAUCCUUCUACGAGGCCAACCCCAGAUGAAUUAAUGAAGGAUAAAGUGUUCAAUGAAGUGUCACUGUUGUACACCCCGUUUAUCAAACCUGCCAGUCUGUUUUCAUCUUCUCUGAGAUGUGCUGAUUUAACUCUGCCUGAGGAUAUCAGUCAGUUGUGUAAAGAUAUAAACACUGAUUACCUGGCAGAGAGAUCUAUUGAAGAAGUUUAUUACCUUUGGUGUUUGGCUGGAGGUGACUUGGAGAAAGAGCUUGUUAAUAAGGAAAUCAUUCGAUCCAAACCACCUAUCUGCACACUUCCCAAUUUUCUCUUUGAAGAUGGUGAAAGCUUUGGACAAGGACGAGAUAGAAGCUCCCUAUUAGAUGAUACUACUGUUACAUUGUCUUUAUGCCAGCUAAGAAACAGAUUAAAAGAUGUUGGUGGAGAAUCAUUUUAUCCAUUACUUGAAGAUGAUCAGUCUAAUUUGCCUCACUCAAACAGCAAUAACGAAUUGUCUGCAGCUGCCACUCUCCCUUUAAUCAUCCGGGAGAGGGACACUGAGUACCAACUAAACAGAAUUAUCCUCUUUGACAGGCUGCUAAAGGCUUAUCCGUAUAAAAAAAAUCAAAUUUGGAAAGAAGCAAGAGUUGACAUUCCUCCUCUAAUGAGGGGUUUAACCUGGGCUGCUCUUCUGGGAGUUGAGGGAGCUAUUCAUGACAAGUAUGAUGCAAUUGAUAAAGAUACUCCAAUUCCUACAGAUAGACAAAUUGAAGUGGAUAUUCCUCGCUGUCAUCAGUAUGAUGAGCUAUUAUCAUCACCAGAAGGUCAUGCAAAAUUUAGGCGUGUAUUAAAAGCUUGGGUAGUAUCUCAUCCUGAUCUUGUGUACUGGCAAGGUCUUGACUCACUUUGUGCUCCAUUCCUGUAUCUAAAUUUCAAUAAUGAAGCCUUGGCUUAUGCCUGUAUGUCUGCUUUUAUUCCCAAAUACCUAUAUAAUUUCUUCUUGAAAGACAACUCACAUGUAAUACAAGAGUAUCUGACUGUGUUUUCUCAAAUGAUUGCAUUCCAUGAUCCAGAGUUGAGUAAUCAUCUCAAUGAAAUUGGCUUCAUUCCUGAUCUCUAUGCCAUCCCUUGGUUCCUCACCAUGUUUACUCAUGUAUUUCCACUGCACAAAAUUUUCCACCUCUGGGAUACUUUACUACUUGGAAAUUCCUCUUUCCCAUUCUGUAUUGGAGUAGCAAUUCUUCAGCAACUGCGGGACCGGCUUUUGGCUAAUGGUUUUAAUGAAUGCAUUCUUCUCUUCUCUGAUUUACCAGAAAUUGACAUUGAACGCUGUGUACGAGAAUCAAUCAACCUAUUUUGUUGGACGCCUAAAAGUGCUACUUAUAGACAGCAUGCUCAACCUCCAAAACCAACUUCUGACAGCAGUGGAGUCAGAAGUUCACCAUAUUUUUCAGCUGAAUGUGUAGAGCCUCCAAAAACAGAUCUGUCAAGAGAAUCCAUCCCAUUAAAUGACCUAAAAUCUGAAGUAUCACCCCGGAUUUCAGCAGAGGACCUGAUUGACUUGUGUGAGCUCACAGUGACAGGCCACUUCAAAACACCCACAAAGAAAACAAAGUCCAGUAAGCCAAAGCUCCUGGUGGUUGACAUCCGCAAUAACGAAGAUUUUGUUCGAGGUCACAUUUCAGGCAGCAUCAACAUUCCAUUCAGUGCUGCAUUCACUGCAGAAGGAGAGCUUACCCAGGGCCCUUACACCACUAUGCUUCAGAACUUCAAGGGAAAGGUCAUUGUUAUCGUGGGCCAUGUAGCAAAACACACAGCUGAGGCACAUCAUGUUGAAAAGCUACGCAUGAACCAAACCACCAUCACAAGAGCUGAGGAAAUUGGGAGAGAGACCAUAGUGCCUGCUUUUAGUAUAACAAAAUGAAAAUGUUAUUGAAUAAGGCAGGAAAGAAAGAAUUACCCACAGAAGUCUUUCCCCUAACUCCAAGCAGCCCAAUGGUGAAGGAGACAGAAUUACAUCCACUACCAGGCUUGCCAUGAUGACACGCAUUGCUGGAUAAAGCCCUUUGACCUCAACCACCAUUCCAAUACUCAUGGACUGAGCCCCUGAAACUGCAUUAGGCAUUGCCUUGGGUAGCAGAGCAGGAAACAAGGCUACAACUGAUGGGGAGCCAGAUAUGAAAGCUAGCACAAGACAUUGUCUUGAAGCUCAAUGCCAGGCCCACCAAGUGAUACCCAGCAUGCAGCAGAAACUGAAGAAAGGCCCUGUACACAGGUCACAGCUCACAGAACCUAUGGACCAGGCCUGGCAUUAGAGAGAUCAUUGUGCUGGCAAGACAUAUAAAUUUUGACCUAUACCAUUUCCAUGCUUGCAUGUGCCAAGGGCACACCUGUCGUUCUCCUGACACAAUGCAGCUAUGAAGCCAGGUGUACCCAACCAAAGGCCUGCCUCUGUUACCCAUCCCCCAACAUUAAGCAGUGAAUUAUUGCCAGAUGAGUAUGAUUAUACCACAACAAAUUUCACUUUUAUAUAUUAAUGCACUAAUUAAAAAUAAUCAAAGGGAGAUCAGCAGAGAGUAAACCCAGGCAUUGGGGUGUGUUUGAAAAAAGAAGGUACUAGGGAAGUGGUCAAAUUAUGUGUUUGUACAAAAAUGGCAUACUGAAUCCCACUAUUAUGUAUAAUGAUAAUAUACCAAUAAAAAAAUCUUGAAACAAAUGAAAAUGGAAACACAAUAUACCAACACUAUGGGAUAUAUCAAAAGUAGUACUAAGAGAAGACAUUUUAACAAUCAAUGCCUACAUCAAAAAGACAGAAAACUAUCACUGCAUGUCAAGGAACUAGAAAAACAGCAACAAACCAGAAUUAGUAGAAAGAAAGCAUUAGUGAAAAUCAGAGCAGAAAUAAAUGACAUAGAGACUUAAAAAACUACAAAAUAUCAAUGAAACAAAAAGCCAGUUUGCUGAAAAGAUAAGCAAAAUAGACAAACCCUUACCUAGACUAGGAAAAAGAGAUGAGAAUGAAAUAAAAUCAGAUUAAAAGGUACUACAACUGAUGCCACAGAAACACAAAAGUUUAUUAGAGAUUAUUAUGAAUAAUAUGCCAACAAAUUCAAUAACCUAGAAGAAAUGGAAAAAUUCCUACUUGCAAACUUUACCAAGACUGAAUUAUGAAGAACUAGAUCUGAUAACAAGUACCCAGAAGGAAUUAUCACUAAAAAACAUUUUCUACAGAUAGCUUUACUGAUAAAUUCUUCCAAACAUUUGAGGAACUAAUGGUAGUUCUCAAAAAAAAAAAAAAAAAAAAAAGAAGAGGAAGGAAUUUUUUAAUUGGUGCAUUAUAGUUGUACAUAAUUGUGGAAUUUGUUGUCACUUUCAUACAUGCACACAAUCUAACAAUAUAAUUUGGCCAAUAUUUUUUUUUACCAGUAUUUCCCCUUUCCCUCAGCUGGGGCCUUUCUCUACUGAUCUUCCUUUGAUUUUCAUGAGAUUCCGUGCCCCUCCACCUUUCUUUUUUUUUUUUUUUUCUUCUCUUGUUUCCACAUAUGAGAGAAAACAUAUGACCCUUAACCUAACAGGAAAGAAUUCUUUCAAAUGCAUUCUAUGAGGCCAGCAUUACAUUGAUACAAAGACCAGAAAAGAAAACAACAGACCAAUGUCUUGUGAAUAUAGAUGCAAAAAUUCUCAACAAAAUAUUAGCAAAACAAAUCCAAUAGCAUAUUUUAAAAGGCUAUUUCCCAUUAUUAAGUGGGAUUCACCUCAGGGAUAUAAGCAAGAUUCAAUAUCCAUAGAUCAAUAAAUGUGACAUACCACAUCAACCGAAUCAAGGACAAAAACCAUGUGAUUUUUCUCAAUAGAUAUAGAAAUGGCAUUUGACAAAAUUCAACAUCCCUUCAUAAUAAAAAUGCUAAACAAAUUAGGUAUAGAAACAUGCCUUGUCAGACACAGUGGCACACAUCUGUAAUCCUAGUAGCUCAGGAAGCUGAAGCAGGAGGAUUGCAAUUUCAAGGCCUUACUAAGCAGUUUAGUAAGGCCCUAACCCAGUUAGUGAGACCCUGCCUUGAAAUAAAAAGGACUGGGGAAUGUAGCUCAGUGGUAAAGUACCUCUGUGUCAUAAUAAAGGCCCUUUAUAAUAAGCCAACACCUGACAUACUGAAGGGAGGAAGGCUGAAAACUUUCUAAAAUCUAGAACAAAAGGAUGCCCACUUCCAUACUUUUAUUCAACACAUUGCUGGAAGUCCUGGCCAGAUCAGUCAAGCAGAAGAACAAAAUAAAAGGUAUCCAAAUUGGAAAAGAGGAAAUGAACCUGUCACUAUGUGCAAUCACUAUUUUGCAAUAUAUAUGAUCAUAUAUAAAACACCCCCAAAAUAAGAAAGAAGCUCUUAGAACUAAUUAACGAAUUCAGCAAAGUUGCAAGAUACAAAAUCAACAUUCAAAAAUCACUGGUGUUGCUAUAUGCCAAUAGCAGAUUAUCUGAAACAAAACUCAGGAAAGCAAAACCACAUAUGACAGCUAUUUAAAAAAAACUAGGUAUAAAUUGAGCUAAAUACCUGAAGACGUCUGCAAUGAGAAUUAUAAAACACUACUGAAAAAAAAAACUAAAGAUGACGCAAAGUUGAAGGAAAUCUGUGUUCAUGUAUUAGAAGAAUCAAUAUUGUUAAAAUGUCCAUACUACCCAAAGUAAUAUACAGAUUUACUACAAUUUCUAUCAAAAUACCAAUGACAUUCUUCCCAGAACUACACACAAAAAAUACUAAGAUUUAUAUGGAAAAACACACACACACACACACACACAAACACUGAAUAGCUAAAGCCAUCUUGAGCACAAAGAACAAAUCAGGAUCCAUGACUGAUUUCAAAAUAUGCUACAAAGGUUUAGUAAUCAAAAUAGCAUGAUAGCAUAACUUUCCUGUGUUCAUAUAUGAAUACAGGACCAGUGUAACUUCACAUCAUGUACAAUCCCGAGAAUUGGAAAUUUUACUCUAUGUAUGUAUAGUAUGUCAAAAUAUACUCUACUGUUAUGUAUAUAUAAAAAAGAACAAAAAAAAUAAACAAAUGAAUAAAAUUUUUUUUAAAAAUCAAGGUUUGAUUCACAUCUUAUUUUAAGCCAAAACACCAAAGUAACUGUUGUCAGGAAUCUUGUAACUAAUAUGUUUUCUUCUUAGCUGUGGCUGCUAGAAGCUUAAAGUCAAAUUUGAGAUCAUUUUUAACAACUGUACUGAGUCUCCUGCUGGACCCAUUUUCUGAUUGUACAUUUACCCUGACCACUUUAUUUUUAUUCUAUUUUAUCUAUUUUUUGUAAGUUGCCACAUACCUUUUUUUGUAUCAAGGUGACUAUGUAUAAAUAAAAUCCGUGAUCAAAAAAGAAAAAACACAGAAACAGACACAUAGACCAUUGGAACAGAAUAGAGAUCCUAGAUCCUAGAAGGUAACUGCCACUUCCACAGCCAGUUGAUCUUCAAUGAUGGUGUAAACAUGCACACUAGAGAAGGGAUAGUUUCUUUAAUAAAUGGUGCUGGGGAAAUUAGACAUCUACAUACAGAAGAAUGAAAAUCUAUCCCUAUUACCAGUUACAAAAGUUAAUUCAAAAUGGAUUACAGAAGAAGAAAACAGGAUAAUAUCUCAGGACAUUGGUGGUUCAGGAUUUUUUUGAUAAGAUUCCAAAAGCAUAGGAUACAAAAGCAAAAAUGGACAAAGGUGAUUGCAUCAAAUCAAAGAACAUCUACAUAGGAAAGGAAACAACCAACAGUGAAGAGACAGCUUACAGAAUGGGAGAAAAGAUUUGCAACCUAUGCAUCUAAUAAGAAGCUGAUAUCCAGAAUAUAUAACCCAAUGCCAAAAAUAAAAAUAUUUUUUAAAGUGGGCAAUGGGCUUAAAUAGACAUUUUUCAAGAGAAAAUAUGUAGAUGACCAACAGGUACAUGAAAAAUUGUUCAGCAUCACUAACUAUCAAGGAAAUGCAAAUCAAAACCACAAUGAGACAUCAUCUCACCCAGUAAGAAUGUCUGCCAUCAAAAAGACUGAAGAUAAUAAGUGCUGGUGAGUAUGUGGAGGAAAGGCAACCCUUGCAUACUGUCAGAAGAAAUAUAAAUUAGUAUUGCCAUAGUGGAAAACAGUAUGGAGGUUCCUCAAAAAACUGCUGUAUGGUUUAGAAAUUUCACUCCUGGGUAUUAUAGCCAAAGGAAAUGAAAUCAGUAUGUCAAAGAGACAUCUGCAUGUUCGUGUUCAUUUGUAACACUUUUGACAAUAGUCAAGAAAUAAAAACAGUGUUCAUCAGCUGAUGAAUGGAUAAAGAAAAUGUGGUACAUAUACACAAUCAAAUAUGAUUAAGUAAAAAAAAUGAAAUACUGUCAUUUGUAACAAUAUGAAUGGAACUGGAAAUCCUUAUGUUACGUGAAAUAAGCCAGGCACAGAAAAACAAAUUAACAUUGUUGUGAUGACAUUGCUAUUCAAAGCAAUGUGCACAUUUAAUGCACUCUUAAAAUCCCAACAGUGUUUUUUGCAGAAAUGGAAAAGCUCAUUCUAAAAUUCAUAUGGAAUUUCUAGGGACCAGAAGAGACAAAACAAUCUUGAAGAAAUAUGACAAAUCAGAAGACUCACAUUUUCCAACUUCAGGACUUAAUACAAACCUUGAGGAAUCAAAACAAUUUCAUACAGACAUAAUGAUAGACAUAUAGACCAGUAGGACUAAAUUGAGAGCCCAGAAAUAAACCCUCACAUCUAUGGAAAAUCAAUUUUUGACAAAGGUGCCAAGACUAUUCCAUGAAAAAACAGUAGUCUUUUCAAUUAAUGGUACUCAAACAACUAAAUAUACAAGGCAAAAGAACACAGUUGGACCCUCUUAAUCUUAUGCAAAAAAAAAAAAAAAAAAAUUUAAUGAAUGAAAUACUUAAAUUUAAGAGCUUAAACUAUAAAAACUCUUAGCAGAAAAAAAUGGAGAUAAAUCUUUGUGACUUUGGUUUUGGCCCUGUUUCUUAAACAUGACACCAAAACCACAGACAAAAAUAAAUAAAUAAAAUUUACACCACUAAAAAUAAAAACCUGUGCUUCAAAGUAACUAUCAAGUAAGUGAAAAGAUAGUGCACAAAAUGGGCAAAAAUAUUUAUAAAUCAUCUGAUAAGUAUUUAAUAUCAGAAUACAAAAAUCUGUUCAAAAAUCAGUAGUAUUUAUACUAACAACUUCUACAAUAUAACCACAGAAAGAUAAUUAAAUUUAAAAAUGAACAAAGAACUUGAGUAGAUAUUUCUCUAAAGAAGAUAUACAAACAGCCAAUAGCACAUAUGAAGAUACUCAUAAUAGCUGUCAUUGGAGAAAGAUACAAAAUGUAGUUGUCAUUAGAGAAAUGUAAAUCAAAACCACAAUAAGACACCACUUCAUACUCAAGAAUUGGCAAAAAAAAAAAAAAAGGAGAAAUUGGAACACUGGUGAAUUGCUACAAUGAACAUAUGAAGUGAUGUAACUUCCACAGAAAACUUGUAUCAAGUUCUCUAGAAAGACAACAGAUGUAUCAUUCAACCCAGCAAUUGAAAACAGGGACACAAAUAGAUAUUUGUAUACCAAUGUUCAUAGUAGCAUACUGUCAGAAGAAAUAUAAAUUAGUAUUGCCAUUGUGGAAAACAGAAUUGAUAGUUAUCAAAAGAUAGGCAAACCCAAGUGUCUAUCAAUAGAUUAAUGAAUUAAUAUAUAUUAUAUAAAUAUAACAUAAUAUUCAGCCAUGAAAUAAUGAAGUUCUGACUCAUGCUACAACAUGAAUGAACCCUGGCUAAAUAAAAUACACCAAUCACAAGGACAAAAAUUCUUAUGAUUCAGUUUAUAUAAAAUAAGUGAAACUCAGAGACAGAAAGUAGAUUAAUGGUUACCAGUGGCUAGAAGAGGAAAGAAUGGGAAUAAGUCUUUCAUGAAUAUAGAGUUUCUAUUUGGAAUGAUGGAAAAACUUUGGAAAUAAAUUGUGUUGAUGAUUGGAUAGCAUCAUGUAUGUACUUAAUGACCCUGAAUCUUGCACCUAAAAAUUGUUAAAAUGUCAAAGUUUAUGUUAUCCAUAUUGCCCCAAUUUUUAAAAAAUAGACUCUAGGGUGUGAUAUGUUGAGCCUAUCUCACUAUCUAUCACCAAUUCACCUGAAUCCAACAUUUUUGGUGAGACACUUGUGGAGAAACUUUCAUGUUGCUUUUGCCUCUAAGGAUUUUUUUUUAAACUGAUUUCCAAGCAAGUAGCAGCUUUUCUUCUAUGUUGAAAUUAGUACAUUGCCUUUCCUGCCUUUCCUAUCCCCUACUAUCCCCGCUCCCCUUCCCUCUCAUCUUCCCUCUCUACCCCAUCUGCUGUUGUUUAAUUCUCUCCCUUUUUUUCCCUUUCCCCUCACAAACUCUUAUAUGUAAUUUUUUAUAACAAUGAGGGUCUCCUAUUUCCAUACAGUUUCCCUUCUCUCUCCCUUUCUCUCCCCCCACUCGUCUCUGUUUAAUGUUAAUCUUUUCCUCAUGCUCUUCUUCCCUGUUCUUUUCUUAGUUGCUCUCUUUAUAUCAAAGAAGACAUUUGGCAUUUGUUUUUUAAGGAUUGGCUAGCUUCACUUAGCAUAAUCUGCUCUAAUGCCAUCCAUUUCCCUGCAAAAUCCAUGAUUUUGUCGUUUUUUAGUGCUGAGUAAUACUCCAUUGUGUAUAAAUGCCACAUUUCUUUUAUCCAUUCAUCUAUUGAAGGGCAUCUAGGUUGAUUCCAGAGUCUAGCUAUUGUGAAUUGUGCUGCUAUGAUCAUUGAUGUGGCAGUAUCCCUAUAGUAUGCUCUUUUAAGGUCCUCAGGGAAUAGACCGAGAAGGGCGAUAGCUGGGUCAAAUGGUGGACCAUUCCCAGCUUUCCCAGGAAUCUCCAUACUGCUUUCCAUAUUGGCCGCACCAAUUUGCAGUCCCACCAGCAAUGUAUAAGUGUACCCUUUUCCCCACAUCCUCGCCAGAACUUAUUGUUGUUUGACUUCAUAAUGGCUGCCAAUCUUACUGGAGUGAGAUGGUAUCUUAGGGUGGUUUUGAUUUGCAUUUCUCUGACUGCUAGAGAUGGUGAGCAUUUUUUCAUGUACUUGUGGAUUGAUUGUAUGUCCUCCUCUGAGAAGUGUCUGUUCAGGUCCUUGGCCCAUUUGUUGAUAGGGUUAUUUGUUAUCUUAUUGUUUAAUUUUUUGAGUUCUUUGUAUAUUCUGGAUAUUAGGGCUCUAUCUGAAGUGUGAGGAGUAAAAAUUUGUUCCCAGGAUGUAGCGUCCCUAUUUACCUCUCUUAUUGUUUCUCUUGCUGAGAAAAAACUUUUUAGAAUACAACAGUCAUUAAUAUGGUAUUAUGUAAAAAUCUGGGUGUGUAAACCGAUGUGAUUCUGCAACUUGUAUUUGGGGCAAAAAUGGGAGUUCAUAACCCACUUGAACCAAAUGUAUGAAAGAUGAUAUGUCAUGAGCUUUGAAAUGUUUUGAACAACCAAUAAAAAAAAAUUCUACAACAACAGCAACAACAAAAAAGAAAUUAGUACAUUGCAGCUGGCAGAGUCCUAUUUUUAAAGAUUAAGAAAACCACAGUUCAGUGCUGUGAAAAGGAAGCAGAAGUACCAAUUCUAGUCAGUGCAGUUGCAAAUUAUCAUUGUACAUGUUUAUUAUUUUUAUGUCAGAUCCAUAUUUUGACUUGGAAAUUGUUUGUUUGUAAAAAGUAGACACUGCCUAUAAUUUUUCUAGCUUUAUGUCAUCUAUUAAGACCUGGUAAAAUAACCACUCUGAAAUCCAAAAACUAAAAAUAUAAAAUGAAGUAUAGCCCAAUUAAAAAAAAAAGGCUUUCAAUAUUGAAUAUAAGAAGUGGCAAAAUCAUUGAACUACUCUAAGAAAGAAAGAAUGAAUCACUUGUCUUGACAUGAAAACUAGGAUCAGAGUAUCUUUUGUAAUAUAAAUACAAAUAAUUGCUAUAUAGUGACUAAAUAUAUUGAAUAUAAUGUCUAAAUUUAUAUAAGACAACAAAACAGAUCUGAGAAAUAUAGCAUACUCUGUCUGUACCUAAAUACCUAUAGUCAGAAAAUAAAUUAUGUAUCAUUAACUAUUUCUUAGAAUUACAGUUGCUUCACAGGGUAUUAUAAUGAGAUAGUUUCAUUACAAUUACCACUUACCUUUUUGUAUUUGACCUUGCUGCCACAUUAAAUACAUUAGAAAACCUUUCAAAUCUGCCAUUUGGUAUCUAGGUAAAGCAUUGCUUUUCUCCAGAAUGGGGCAAAGAAGAACUACAAAG